GUUACUUUUUAACAAUUUAUGGUUCCGUCUGAAGCAGCGUUAUUAUUUGUUUGUUCGCUCUGUUUUGGAACCGGUAAAAAUCGUAAAAAUCUAAACAUUUGUCGCCCUUCCUAUGUUUGGUGUAAAUUGAUUGAAUUUUAUUUCGCUGAUCAACGGCAGUAUGUUUGCUCGCCAUGCACUGCAGAGAUUCUCCCGUCCAAGAGUGGCGAACCUCAUUCGGGGACCUGGCUCGGACGGAGGCAGCUCGCGUCAGCUAUGGGCAUGGAUCAAUAUGAUGUUCAACCGAGUAGAUCAGGAUCGAUUGAAACAAUUUGGCCCGGACAGAGCCUGUGCCGAGUGGUUGUUGAGAAAUGGAGCCCGGGUUAAGUUCUGCAACCAAAAGCAACUUCACGUUAACUACAACUUUCUACCGGAUGAAAGCGUACCACUGGCGGUAGAGGAGAUUGACGGUACUGAUUCUGGUAUAAGUUCGCUAGGAUUUGAUCAUCUUAAAAAUCUAAAACGACUGAGAAAAAUUAAGCUACACAACUGUGUUUACGUGGAGAACGAGGCUUUGGAUAAACUGAAGUUCGUGGUAGAUACAUUGGAAGAAUUGGAAGUGUCCAGCUGCAAAAACAUCACCGAUCAGGGCUUGCUUUACAUAAAGGAUCUGAAGAACUUAAAAUUGCUUUCUGCAAGUAAUCUUCCAUAUGUUAAAGAUAUGAAAGUUGUCGAACAAGAAUUGAAGAAGUACAUACCAAAUUGUAGCAUCGAUUUGCAAGUUUAGAUUGUGGGUGAAAUCUAGUCACAAAUAUAGGAACAAAUCACAAGUUUAUAUAAUAAACUAUCAAAUAAAUGAUUUUAAAAAAAAUUACUUUAUUCAUACGUUUUUAGAAAUCAGCAUCUUGUACAUAAAAAGUAUCCAAAU